AUGAACGAUGGAAAUCAAAAGAAAAAAAUAGAUAUUCUGGAAGAGCAGAAAACCUAUGAAUUAAGUUUUGAUGACAAGGGAAUGGAAGUAAAUAAAAGCGAGGGAGGGUCAAAGAAAAAUAAUAACAAUUUUUGUUGUGCUGCUGGUCCUGAUGAUGAACUUAGACCUAAAAAAGCUGAGGAAAAACAUUAUGUUCUAGUGAAUGAAGCCAAUAAAGAAAUAAGAGUAUUAGUUUUUCCUGAAUUUCAACUCAAUAUUGCUAAACAAGAAACUACUAACGGAAAUGAUAGUGAAGAGCAAGCGGAAGAGACGACAGGAAAUGAACCAAGAAACAACGAGGAAAAGGAAACUAAUAAUGGAAAUAACAAAAAAAAUAAUGAUACUUCUAAUGGAAAUGAUAAGCAAACUCCGCCCCCAAAACCGACUCCUAACCAGCCAACUCAGGAGGAAAUUAAUCAGAACCGAGAAAAUCUGAAAAAUACUGCUGCGGGAAAUGAUAAAGAAAAAUUAGCUGAUUCCAUAAAGAAAAACGAGGAAUUGAAAGAUAAAGGUGUUCAACAAACAACCGAAGAUAAGACCGCUGAGGAAGCAGCUCGGAAAAAAUUAGCGGAAGAUAAAGAAAAAUACCGAACAACGAUUUGCCAAGCAACCAAAACCAAAUUAGAAACUAACGGCGUGAAAAAAGAUGAAUUGGGUUCCGAAGCAAAAACCAAACUAGAAAAGUUAGAAAAUGGGGAAAUUAGCGAACCAAAUCAGAUUGAUGAGGCGGAAAAGAUAAUAGUUAAAGAUACUUACGAAAAAGCUGCUGAGAAAAAGUUAACUGACUUGGAAAAGAAAGUCAACCAAGCCAAAAACAAUUUUGAAUAUAUUGUCAUUAAAGACCAUGCUAACUAUGCCGGUCAAGGUCAAGAUAUUGUCUGUGCGGCUAUUUCAGCCGUUACUAAUGGUGCCGUUAAUUUUCUUCAACUUCAUUAUAAAAAUGAUUGCAAAAUCUCUUAUCAGCCGGCGGAAAUAAGUAUUUAUCCCCAAAACGACAACCCCGAAUGUCAAUUAUGCUUACGGUUAAUGCUCUAUCAAUUAGAAAAUAUUGCUAAUUCUUAUCCUGAUUAUUUAAAAAUUAAGUUUUAUGAGUUGAACGAGAAGGGUAAUCGCUAA